AUGAAAUCAUACCUAGCAAAAAUAGGGUUUGAUUUCCUCAGUAAAUUAAUGCCCAUUGACAAAUUUAUCCAGUUAUUUAAUCGUGCAAACGAGUAUUUGGAAUCAUUAGAUGAUCAGUUUUACCACUCCAAUAUUGGCAGUCAUAUAUUAGAAUUGUACGACAACAAUGAUAGGGAGGAGAUUCUACAUUUAGCGCCUCAACUUUUGGAUAAAAUACUGUCUCCUAAUGACAGGGAAGUACUUAUUGAAAUUUUGAUUAAUUCAUCUGUGGUAUAUGGGAGGCAUGAAUUUAUUAAACAAUUGCUGUCGCAACUAGGCCGAGUGGACGAAAAGAAGGCAAAGAUCUACAAGGCAAAAUACUACCAGGCCAAAGGAGAUUAUGAAACGGCCUUCAAGCUUAUGACUGGAAUCCUCAUACGAUAUCCAACCGAUAUAAUUAUCAGGAAACAAACACUAGCUACACUUAAAAAUAGAAUACCUAUAGAUGAAUAUAUAGAUUUAAUCAAUCGACAUCUCUGUGAAUUCCCCUUAGAUACGGAGAGUUGGCAGGAAUUGGGCGAAUUAUACAUCUCAUCUGGUAAAAUCAAUGAGGCAAUUUACUGCUACAAUGAAGUCAUACUCCAUGAACCAAAUAACAUUUUCUAUAUAAUUACAAUCGCAGAUUUAAACUAUACAAUUGCUAGGUUUCCAUUGAGCUACAAAUACUAUUCCGCGGCCGUAACAUUGAAUUGUAUGUGCACUCGUGCCCUUUGGGGCCUCGUGUUGGUGUAUACAAGGAUUGUUAGGAAUUCCAAAGAUGUGAUUGAAAAUACAGAAGAUCCCCAACACAAAUUCUCAGAUGUACAUGUUAAGGUGGCUAGAAAGGCCUUGCAAUUGUUGCGUGGUAUCUACAUAAAGUCCAGAUCUUACGCAGCCGUUAGAGCCCUUAAUCGUUUGUGGAAUGAGUGGGAUGCUAAGCAACCUGUGUGUUACUAA